AUGCAUGAGACCCUGGUGGACAGACUGAUGAACCCCAAGGAAGAACAGUUUCCCUACUUGGAGAUCUUGAAACAAGCUCUUUCCUCGGUGAAAUUUCUGAAAGAGCUAUCGGGGCUUGCUGGCGACGUUUCCGACGUCAUGACCAAUCCCCCUCCAGCUGAGUUCGAGAUCCCUGAUGUCCUUGACGAUGGAUGUGAGGAAGAUUCAGAUGAGGAGGAAGAAGAUGAGAAAGAUCUCGGAGAUGCUGACAAGUUAGCGCAAAAACCUGAUGAAGUACAGGGUUCCGGAGUGAAUGGCCAAGGAGCCACCGAGUAG